AUGAAUAACCCUAAGCCCAAGCAAACGCGGUCUGGGAAGCAAGCGGCAUCUCACGAGGAGGAGGAAGUCUGCGAGACAGGUCACCUAACAAUGCAACAGCUGAUCAUAGAACUAGACAAACAACGUCAAUAUCUUAAAGAUGAUUUGUCCACUAUGAUCAAUGACUCUAUCAGACCAGUGCAGUUGUCUGUGGACUCACUGAAGGAACAAGUGCAGGACUUCACUGUCAGAUUGACCCAUACAGAAGCACUUGCGGGUGAAAACUUCGAAAAACUCACCCAAGCUGAAGGAACCAUUAAAUCCUUGGAAGCACGGAAUAAAAUCCUCUUUGAGCGCGUCGAUGACUUGGAGAAUAGAUCGCGCAGAUCAAAUCUGCGAAUCAUUAACAUCCCGGAAGGAAGCGAACGCGGACGCGACCCGGUGGAAUUCAUGUCCGAGCUGCUGAAAGAAUGCAUGGGGCCAGACGUCUUCCCGCGGCCCCCGGUUCUGGAGAGAGCCCACCGUACACCGGGUGGAUCUCGCUCCGAGCACCAGCCGUCACCUCCGAGGACCUUUAUGGUGUGUUUCCACUACUUCCAGGAGAAGGAGAAGGCUCUGCGCUGGGCUCGGGAGCAUGAACUCAAAUACAAGGGAUGCACUUUGAGAGUUUACCCGGACCUAAGCGCUGCCCUCGCCAAGAAAAGAGCUGCAUUCAACGCGAUCAAGCACGAGUUGUAUGAAAGAAAAAUCAUCUUUCACUUGCUUCAUCCAGCAAGGCUCCGCGUGCGAGUUGGUGAUGAGACGCGCGUCUUCGACACUCCAAAGGACGCUGAGACUUGGCUAUCAGGCCACUCCAACAAGUGUCCCAUUGACUUCUGUCGCCCACCGUGCUGGACUCAGUGGUUUGACAGAGAUGAUCCCACCGGGACUGGAGACUGGGAGGUGCUUUUACUUCUAGCUUUCAAUAACCCUGGGAAAAUCUGCACGAAACCUAUCGGGAUCGAGGUCCAGACCAUCACAGGCAUACCGGCCGCCUCCACUGGAGAAAUUUUCCACAAAUUGGAUCCAGAGGCAGGAUUCAUCUGCAAAAACAAGCAGCAGGAGAACAAGCGUCAGUGCUCAGACUACCGCGUUCGCUUCAGGUGUCCUCACGAAUUCUGCUAUCCUCCAGCCUGCUGGACUCGCUGGUUCGACAGAGAUGACCCCUCUGGCUCUGGGGACUGGGAGACUCUGUUUGCUCUCCGUGCUGAGUUCCCAGGACAGAUCUGUUCAAAACCUCUGGAGAUCCAAGUGCUGACGACUAGCGGGAACAGUGUGGCAUCCACCGGGAACGAGAUCACGACGAAUAAUGUUGAUGUUGGAUUUCUCUGUGAGAACGAUAAACAGAAAAAGGGGAAAUGUGCAGACUUCAAAGUCCGCUUCAGGUGCCCACCCGAGUUCUGCAAAGACAAAAUUUGCUGGACCAGCUGGUACGAUCGAGAUGACCCAUCGGGCACCGGGGACUGGGAGCUUCUGACCAACCUGAGGAAAGAAAACCCCAACCAGAUCUGUGACACCCCUCUGUACAUCGACGUGAGAACGGUGGACACCAACCAACCCAUCACCCAGACGGGACAGCAGCACCACAUCUACAGCCCGACUGAAGGGUUCGUGUGUCGAAAUGAUGGCCAGAAAGGAUGCAAGUGUUACGACUACAAAGUGCGCUUCGGCUGCCCCUGUAACUGCACGGAGCACCUGGAGGAUGCCCUGCUCGAGCAGCUCGAACAGCUGCACAUCAGAUAA